AGGUAGUAACGGUAACACUCAAGUGUCCGUAGUGCGAUAGUAAACAUGAACAUUUUCACAUUUUUUUCGUUUUUACUAGUUGCGAAAAUUAAUUACAGUUUUGCUACUUCGGUCCAUAAGAGAUUCGAGUACACUUAUUCGUUUAAACCGCCUUAUUUGGCUCAAAAAGACGGAUCCGUGCCGUUUUGGGAAUACGGCGGCAAUGCGAUUGCGAGCUCCGAAAGCGUUAGAAUAGCCCCAUCUCUGAGGAGUCAAAAGGGGGCUAUAUGGACCAAACAGCCGAUCAAUUUCGACUGGUGGGAAGUUGAUAUCUCGUUUAGGAUAUCUGGAAGAGGAAGAAUAGGCGCUGAUGGUUUAGCGUUUUGGUACACUAAAAGCAAAGGGGCCUACAAUGGAGAUGUAUUCGGUUCGUCCGAUCAAUGGAACGGACUUGGUCUUUUCUUCGAUUCGUUCGAUAACGACAACCAUCACAACAAUCCCUACAUCAUGGCUAUCUUAAACGACGGUACUAAGCAAUUCGAUCAUCAAAAUGAUGGAACCACCCAACAACUAGCCGGUUGUUUGAAUGACUUCCGUAACAAACCUUUCCCGACCAAGGCUCGCAUUGAAUACUACCAAAACACCUUGACCGUUCAGUUUCACAACGGCAUGACGAACAACGAGCAGGAUUAUCAGAUGUGCCUUCGGGCCGAGAACGUGAUUCUACCCAAAGGCGGUUACUUCGGAGUCUCCGCCGCCACGGGAGGGCUAGCGGAUGAUCACGAUGUGAUACAUUUUCUCACAAACAGUCUGCACGCGACCGAUCAAGUUCAACCUAAACAAUAUGUAGGAGAAGAUCAACAGAAGCUCCAGGAAGAGUACAGAGAUUACCAACAAAAAUUGGAACAACAGAAAGCAGAAUACAGAAAAGAACAUCCAGCUGAAAAAGAACCCGAUUUAGAAGAUUGGUACGAAUCGGACUCCCAAAGAGAAUUGCGCCAAAUCUUCCAAGGACAAAACCAAAUAUACGAGGUGAUGAGAGAGCUGAAUAAAAAGAUAGACGAGGUCGUGGGUAGGCAAGAGCGAACGAUGAGCUUGAUAUCCCAACAGGGUACCGGCGUGCAAGGGGCCGGAGCGCCCCCGCCGCCUCCGGGGCAACCAAUGCACGCCGGGGACACCAUCAGAAGGCACGAAGUCGAUGCGGUAUUCAACAAUCAGAACCUGAUGAUCGGUUACAUGAAGGAAAUCAAGCAAUUUAUUCUCGAGGUGAAACAAAGAGCCGAUACCAUAAUCAAUAAUCAGGCUAAACAGCCGACGGCCCAAGUGCAAUCGGUGGGCUACGAUUCGCAAUCGUUGAUCGCAGAGAUGAGAGACGGACUGAAUCACGUGAAGACGAAUAUGAUGCAAAUGGCGCAGAAGAUCACGGCGCCCCCGGGCGGCGCUUGCCCUACGGUCAAUUGCGUGUCUGUUACUACUAUUUUGAUCAUAUCGAUCGUACAUUUGGCCGUUAUAUUAGCAUAUAAUUUAUAUAGGGAUAGCAAAGACAGCAGUAAUAAGAAAUUUUAUUAGACUUUAUGAAAAUUGUGAGAUUCGUUUCUGCGUGAGUGUAUUAGGAGGGUUUAAUUUUUUUUUUUGAGUUUUAUUUUUUUUUGUAUAUGUUAACCGUUCAUGAACAAACGUCUUCCUAAUAUUUUGACUUUCGGAAAAUCACUUCUUUCAAUUUGAAUUGUAACACAUUGACUUGGAAUAUGUUUGUUACAUUUUUCAUGGUCAGUUUGUGCACAAACAUAAUUAAGUUUUAUCACAAUUAUUUCAACUCGUAAAUGUAGAUAAACACUUGUAUAAUUUUACAUAAUUUGUUAAAUUAUUGAUAUUAUUUACGAAAAUGACAUACAAGUUCAUUUUUAUAAUACACGAUUGAAAGGUGAUUUUUCCAUUUAUAUUUUGUUUUUUUCUUAAAUGUUAUUUAUUUUUGCCAAGUUUGAUUUUCUGUUCUUGUGGAAAGGAAUCGAAGCUUGAUAGACAAUUUGAUUUACUCUCUUGGUCGGCAUUUUUCUCUAAAAAUUCAAAACAUUCUUUUUGAUUCCAAUUUUUUUGUUGACGGUAUUUUUUCUAUAUUACUUUGAAUGUUUAUAUGUAAAAAAUUUAAUAAAUCAACAUUUUGUUACUUAAUUUUGUUUUAAUGAUUUCUUAUAGAAUCGUAUAAUCCUA